AUGGCAAGUACUUAUUCGCCCCCGUCCUCUUUUCGCCCCACAUUCGUGUGCAUUGAUGUCGUCUUACGUCACUAUUCACACGUACAAGCUCUAAAUCACGUGGUCGUGACACUUAAGGCCCUUCUGGAUGUAUCCAAGGUGUUAUCAGUCGCCGAAGCCGCACAGCAUCAACCGCGAAACUCGCAGUCGUUACAAUUGUUACAACACGCCGCAGCUCGCGAAAAGAAAAAAGUGUUUUAUUGGUCAUCCGAACUCGUGCGCAGUUACAAACAAUAUCAGUUUGAAACCGCGUUAAAUCACGCUGCAGCACGAGGGUUUUUUGCCGGCGUACGAUGGCUACGGUCUUCAUACUAUCCCAAAGGUCAAUUUCAUGGGGCCGAGCGAGCCGCUUUAUACGGCGGAAAUUUACAAAUGCUGCAAUAUCUGCACGAUGAGUUCAGUAAUAAAAUGGUAGACGAUGCAGCAGUGGAUAGUCAAGAAGCAGUGGCUCAUGUAGCAGCUAAUGGACGACUGGACCUAGUGCAGUGGUAUUGUAAAAUGAAAGGUCCGUAUGCAUUCGGGUGGAAUGUGAUGGACGCUGCAAUAGCGCAGAACCGGAUGAAAGUGGUUUUAUAUCUGGACAGUGUACUGGGCAAUCGGUGCACUAGACGAGGGCUGGAAAUAGCGGCGCUACAUGGACACUUGGAAGUGAUUCAGUGGCUCAACGACUCGAGGUACUAUGAGAUCAAAUCGUUCAAGUCGUUGGAAAAUGCCAUUGCAGGAGGACACUUGCACAUCGUGCAGUAUGUAAUGGAUAAUGUGGUCGUAGCGUAUACGUCGUGGAUGCAGGCGGCGUUAAUUGCAGCCGUGACGUACGGACAGCGCCAUAUUCUGCAGUGGCUGCAUGAUAGGGUGCCUGCUGGAUCUAGUGUGAUCUUCCGCUUUGAAGUUUAUACGAGCCAGUUGUAUGCUGUGGCCAAAAAUGGAUAUUUCGAGGUGUUGCAAUGGCUGCAUGCCAAUCAAUAUACAGUGCAUUGUCGUCGAGCACAUGUUGUUCGUGGAGCUGCCACAGGUGGUCACCAAAAGAUUAUCGAGUGGAUGCAAGAAACGUUUCCCUCGCUAGCUCGACACCGUCAUCGUAUUCGCGUGGACGGAGCUGCGAGUUUUGGCGAUCUUCAGUUGAUUCAGUGGCUCCAUCAUCAAGGGUAUCGCUUUACGGGCCGCGCGAUGGACGACGCCGCAGCAGGUGGACAUUUGGCAAUAUUGUGCUGGUUGCACCGAAGUAUUGAGCAUGUACAGUGCACAGUAGCUGCAAUGGACCGAGCUGCUACUAAUGGUCACCUAGACAGUGUGGAAUUUCUUCACCAAAAUCGUAAUGAAGGCUGCACAACAGCGGCUAUGGACGGAGCUGCCCAAAAUGGUCACAUUGACGUCGUGCGAUUUCUUUUCUGGAACCGCAGCGAGUUCUGUACGGCCAUGGCAGGCGAGUCGCGUUCAGUCUCAGUGCUUCAAUUUCUAAAAGAGCACAACCGCCUGCGUUCGCGACUUCCGAAGACGGUUGAGGCGGCGACAAGAGGAGAUUUAGAAUUGCUCCAGUGGCUAUAUGACCACGAUCGGAGGCACUUUGGGUUCGAGGCCAUUGUUGACGAGGCUCGGGAGCACAAUCAUUUCCACCUGCUGCGCUGGUUAGAGACACUACCAGAAGCUGGACGGUAUUCGUAA